AUGGGGUUGGACUGGGGCCGACAGGGCGAGCGCGCCGUGGUCGACUGGGCCAACUCCGUGUGCGCCUUGUGCCGGGUCCACAACGGGCGCCGACACGGCAGGCUCACGCUGCAGGACAUCAGCGGGGCUUUCGACGGCUUCUUGCGGGAGGAGAGCCCGGAGAACGCCGCGGCCAGCCUUGCCCGCAUCGCCUCCCUCGCGCGGGCCUUCCGCUCCCAGGGCGCCCUCGCCGCCAGAGCCCCGCCGGGCGCAGGCGUGGCGGUGGGUUGCCCCGUGGCCGACUGGGCGAGCCAGGACCGGGAGGAGGGCCCCCGUGGCGGCCGCGCGCACAUCGGGGCGCCGAGGGCGCUGCGGCUGCUCGUGCGGAGGUCGUUGGCGCAGCUGUUGCG